AUGGUUUCAGUCUACCAAACUCAUGAUGCUCAAAUGAACUAUCAUGGAACAAUUCUUGCAACUUGCUCAUCAGAUGAAGUUAUUAAACUCUUUGAUGUAAAAGACAAAAAGCAAAAAUUAUCAGCUGAGCUCAAGGGCCACCAGGGACCAGUAUGGGGACUUAGCUGGGCUCACCCCAUUCAUGGCAACCUUCUGGCCUCUUGUAGUUACGACCGCAGUGUAAUUGUAUGGGCAGAACACGAUGGGAAAUGGGAUAAAUUUUACCAAUAUACGGGUCAUGGCAGCUCCGUUAACGCUGUUGCGUGGGCUCCUCAUGAAUAUGGUCUAGUUCUGGCUUGCGGUAGCUCAGAUGGAUCUAUUUCAAUCCUCACUUACACAAAUGCUGGUAACUGGAAUGCUGUGAAGAUUCCUGACGCUCACACUUCUGGCGUGAAUGCAGUCUCCUGGGCACCUGCUAUCAACGCGGAUUUUAUCUUGAAUCCCUCACUUAGUGAAACAGCCUCCGGUCUCGUAAAGCGUCUUGUUUCCGGUGGAUGUGAUUCCCUUAUCAAAAUUUGGCGGGAGGAUGCACACAGUGGGAAUUGGGUUAAGGAAUGCCAACCUGAAGGAGGCCAUACAGAUUGGAUUCGCGAUGUUGCCUGGUGUCCGUCUUUAUCCCUAGCACGUCAGCAAAUCGCCUCCUGUGGUCAAGAUGGUCGUGUCAUCGUUUGGCAGAUUCUGCGACAGCCUCCGCAUCCAUAUCAACAGGCUGUUGAGGGAGGAAUUCCUGCAACUGGCCUCCUCAUGGAUGGUUCCGGCGCUUCAAGCGAAAUCUGGAAACCUGUUGUCCUUGCAGCGUACCCAGAUGUCGUGUGGCAUGUCUCCUGGUCUCUUACUGGCAACAUCCUGGCUGUGUCUGGAGGUGAUAACAAGGUUACGCUCUGGAAGGAAAAUCUCGAGGGCGUCUGGGUGACCUUGAGUGAGAUUGCGCGUGGUCGUCAAAACACAACCGCCACAGCCGACUCUUCCGUUUCGCUGGGUGGAGGUGUAGGUAGCUAUGGAGUACCACUAACAGCCCCCACUUCCGCGACAACUACACCUGCGACUAUGGAACAUUCUCAACCCCCAGUGACUUCAACUCGAGAUUCGAUGUUCAAUCGGGCUUCCAUGCAGCAAUCGAAUCCCGUCUAUGACCAUUCCGCUAUGAACUCUAAUGUCGUCUCCUUGGCCCCUUGA